CCUCUCUAGCUACUGUAUGGAUGAUGUGCUCUUUGUGUAGGGCUUUGCUUUCUGCUUUGUUGCAGCUGGCCCGGAUUCAGACCGACAGCGUAGUCGAGAUGCUCCGUGAGCUAUACCCUGACCUCCGCAUUGAGAUUGUUGCCAUGUCAACGACCGGAGACAAGAUCCUGGAUACAGCACUUUCCAAGAUUGGGGAGAAGAGCCUCUUCACCAAAGAGCUAGAAAAUGCACUUGAAAGAAAUGAAGUUGACCUCGUGGUUCACUCCUUGAAGGACCUGCCAACUUCUCUUCCUCCUGGCUUUACCAUCGGUGCCGUCUGCAAAAGGGAAAACCCACUUGACGCUGUCGUCUUUCAUCCCAAAAACUGUGGGAAAACGCUGAGCCUCCUUCCUGAAAAGAGUGUGAUUGGAACCAGUUCGCUUCGGAGAGCAGCCCAGCUCAAAAAGAAGUUCCCUCAGUUAGAAUUCAGGGAUAUUAGAGGGAAUUUAAAUACCCGCUUAAAGAAGCUAGAUGAGAAGGAAGACUUCAGUGCCAUCAUCCUGGCUGCUGCUGGGCUGAAGAGAAUGGGCUGGGAGAAUCGCAUUGGCCAGCUCCUAAGCCCUGAAGAUUGUCUGUAUGCCGUUGGACAGGGUGCCUUAGCAGUGGAAGUUCGUGCCAAAGACCAAGAGAUACUGAAUAUGGUAGCUGCCCUGCAUGAUGCGGACACCGUGUUACGCUGCGUUGCUGAGAGAGCCUUCAUGAAACAUUUGGAGGGUGGAUGUAGCGUCCCUGUUGCCGUCAACACCAUGCUGAAAGAUGGCCAGUUGUAUUUGACAGGAGCAGUCUACAGUUUGGAUGGAUCCGAUAGCCUGAAGGAGACUAUGCAGACCAGUGUUAAUUAUCCCCAACAGAAUGAAGAUGGACCGAACGACGAUGUGCAGCAUGUUGGCAUCACAGCCAAGAACGUCCCUGGUCAGGCCCAGGAAGCUGCAGAGAACCUUGGUGUUGAACUAGCUACUUUACUUCUGAGCAAGGGAGCUAAGCAUAUCCUCAGCGUGGCGAGGCAGCUCAACGAUGCCCGCUAAACCUGCGGUGUCGUUGGCACGAUUGCUACAACUCUAGCAAGUCUUUGCAGCCACGCUAUCGUCCUCCUUUGGAGGAAGGGAUUUAUUUAAAUGUUCACUCCGGUCUUAUCUGACGUUUGGGCGCAAAAACUUGAAAUACUAAGUUGACUAACUUGAUUAGUUUACACUGUUCAGGGUUUUCAUCCUUCUCUGUGUUUCUCUAAAUUGCAAAGUCUCUCUCUGAAGUUUUUUCAACCAUUUUUUGUAGCUAGGAAGUUAAAAAAAAAUUAAAAAUCUGUAAGUGUUCUCCUAUUCCAUUUAGGAACAAGGUGCUCAUUACAGAUUAUAAGUGGAGGCUCAACUGUGACGGUACUAAAGCGCUGUACCGUGCUGACAGUACUAAAGUACUUUCAGUAGUCAUUAGUAUUACUUGGGCCUGUUCCCUCAUCGGAAUGCUGAAGAGGAUGACCGCUAUAGCUCCCAAUACCAGGUUCCUCAUAGUAAAGUUAGCACAGAUGCCAUGUUCAUCGUAAAUCUCAGUUAAGGUAAGAAAUUAAGUUUGCAGUUACCAGAUGCAAAUUUGCCAAUUGGCCGCUAAUAAAUUAGGAGGUAAGUGGACAGCCAGUCUGGUUUCCCUUGUACACUUGUGUACAAGGGUAACCUCGGAUGGUCAUUCAGCUGCACUAACCAAGCAACGGGGAGCUGAAGAGGAAGCCCCAGUUUGGGCUGUUGCGCCUUUCUUGGCAACCGCUAGCCCUUUCCUCUUCCCGCGGCUCCUUGCACUCGCUACGGGGUUGCCAUCCUCCCAGCGGGGCUCAUGUAUUACAGCGCCUUCUAGAAACGCUGAAACGGCACCUUGCCCGGGUCCUGUUUUGGAAAUGAAGCAUUCUUUAUUCUCUACGCGAGGUCCACUGAAUGUAACAGAUGACGAAUACAGUUCAGUUAUGCGCA